AUGCCUAAGAAUAAGGGAAAGGGAGGUAAAAACCGACGUCGCGGCAAGAACGAAAAUGACAACGAAAAGCGCGAGUUGACCUUCAAGGAAGAAGGACAAGAAUAUGCCCAAGUCCUCAAAAUGUUGGGCAACGGCCGUCUCGAGGCCCUCUGUUUCGACGGCGAAAAACGUCUCGCUCACAUCCGUGGCAAACUACGCAAGAAGGUCUGGAUCAACCAAGGAGACAUCAUCCUGUUGAGUUUGCGAGAUUAUCAAGACGAGAAGGGAGACGUCAUUUUGAAAUACAGCGCGGAUGAGGCAAGGUCUUUAAAGGCAUACGGCGAACUCCCCGAGAGUGCAAAGAUCAACGAGACCGAUACCUACGGUCACGAGGGCGUGGACGAUAACGUCGAGUUCGACGAAGACCGGGAUAGUGACUCCGACAAGGAGGUCGACAUCGAUGACAUCUAA